AUGCCCCCAUACAACGAAGUCAAUCUGUCGCUACGGCUCGGGAAAAGCCGAAAGGCGCUGCCACAGCCUCCAGCGCCUCAGCCGGCCCAGCAGAAUCUACAAUGGCCAGAUUCGCUCAAGGAAUUCGUAAAUACCAGUUUUGUGCGAGCAGCGCAUCUUUCAUCGACUCAGAACUUUGAGUUCCAGUCACAAAUGGAAAAGCUUGUGGAGCAGGCGAUCAGCUUAAAUAAACUCUGGGAAAAUGACUGGCUGGCUCAGAAAAUUCCGGCUCUUGACGGUGGAAAUUUGGAGCUUGAGUGUCUUCAGAAGAAACGGUACAUGGAAAAUAACGACGAUAACUCGUUUGAUUCGGAUGAAAGAAAACGACAGCGGCAGUCGAGGUUCAGCCAGGACCGCCCCAGGUCGCCAAGUUCUUUUUCUCAGCAAUCUUUUAACGAAUUUUCGGGAAACUCUGCCUCGAUACAAGUCUCGAAAAAAGCCUCAAAAAGAGCCUUGCAGUCCUUUGUAGGCUGUAGCCUGGCACUCGAAAAAAACUAUCUUCGACUCACCACCGAGCCCGACCCGCUCAUGGUUCGUCCGCAAAAGGUGCUAGAGAAGAGCAUGGAGUACGUUUUGCGCCGGUUCCGCACAGAAAAAAAAGACUAUUCAUACAUUAAUAACCAGUUCAAAUCUAUCCGCCAGGACUUGACCGUACAACAUAUCAAAAAUGACUUUGCCGUGGCCGUGUACGAGACCCAUGCACGAAUAGCACUUGAAAACAACGAUUUGGGUGAAUUCAAUCAGUGCCAGUCGCAGCUCAGUUAUCUCAUUCGCGACCAAAAACGGAGCGGUGGUUUGCUGGCCAAGAGCCACCAAUUGGAACUCGAGUUCACCUGCUACAGAAUCAUCUAUAUGGUGAUGACGGGCAACCACUCGGACAUCAACAAGUUGAGGUGUGAAUGGGGCAACGAAGACGCCUUUAUCCAGCAUGCUUUUGACCUUCAACAGUGUCAAUUGAUUGGCAAUUACCACCAGUUUUUUGUGAUUUACGAUAUAUUUUGCUCGCAAAUGCCAUUGGCCAGAAAAUUGAUCCAGCAGCACCUACUUGCAAAAGAACGUAUACGAGCCCUCAACACAAUGAGCAGGGCCUAUAGACGCUUGCCCAUGAACUUUUUGAAUGAAGAGCUCAAAUUCGGAUCCACAGAAGAUACGCUAAAUGAGUUUUUGACCACAUACAAAUUGACGGACUUUGUCACUGGCGGCGACUUGGACAUGGCUCUUGCUCGGGACAGGAUCAACGGCAUUGUGGUGACCACCGGGUUCCGCAAAAUAGACAUUAAGGGACAAAUUUAG